GGUUUCGGCGAAGAAGUCAAUGAGAAGGUUCUGCAAGCCGGUUUUCUGCCAUUCGGCGAAAUUGUCAGCAUAUCAAUACCGUUGGACUAUGAAAGCGGCAAACAUCGAGGCUUCGGGUUCGUUGAAUACGAGAGUGCUGAGGAUGCGGCCGCCGCAAUCGAUAAUAUGAACGAUUCAGAAUUAUUCGGGCGAACAAUUCGAUGUAAUUUUGCACGGCCACCAAAAGCCAACGAGCGAAGCCAGAGGCCUGUUUGGGCUGAUGACGAAUGGCUAAAAACAUAUGGGACCGGCGCAAGAACAUCAGAGGAAAGUGGCGAGUUGGACGAUGCCACUUCUGACGAAUUGCCCUCUGGCAUUCUGAAGCCUUCUCUUCCACGCGUAUACUUGGGUAUCAAAAUUGGAAUCAGGUAUAUAGGAAGGAUAGUAAUCGAAUUGCGGUCUGAUGUGGUACCGAAAACAGCCGAGAACUUCAGACAGCUUUGUACGGGAGAAAAAGGAUUUGGUUAUGAAGGAUCAGUUAUCCAUCGUAUAAUCCCACGGUUCAUGAUACAGGGCGGAGAUUUUACGAGAGGCGACGGGACAGGUGGCAAAUCAAUUUACGGACCGAAAUUUCCGGAUGAGAAUUUCAAGCUGAAACAUACAAUGCCCGGUAUUGUUUCAAUGGCCAAUUGUGGUCCGAACACCAAUGGAUCGCAGUUUUUCAUUUGUACAGAGAAAACGGACUGGCUUGACAAUAAGCACGUUGUGUUCGGGCACGUUGUGGAGGGCAUGAAUGUCGUCAAGCAGGUCGAGCAACAAGGCAGCAAAAGUGGCAAGCCAAUGAUGCAGGUAUCCAUGCAUUAG